GGCACAGGGAGCGCGAGGGAUCAGCGCGUGCGCAUCCUAUGUGCGCAUCUUACUUCCACAGCAGUUGGUGACUCCGGCUGGCCUUACCGACUAGCCGGGAAGUUGGAUUUUGUGGAUUUCAAGCCUCUGUUUACACGUCUCCGUUUCAAAAUGAUGCAUUUCCUGUUGCUGUUCAGCCGCCAGGGCAAGUUACGGCUGCAGAAAUGGUUCCUGCCCCUCCCGGAGAGAGAGAGGAAGAAGAUAAUAAGGGACAUGUCCACUAUGGUGUUGGCACGGAAACCUCGCACGUGUAACUUCCUGCAUUGGAGGGACCUAAAGAUUGUCUACAAGAGAUAUGCCAGUUUGUAUUUCUGCUGUGGUUUGGAGACCCAGGACAAUGAACUUCUGGCUUUAGAGAUUCUGCACCGCUACGUGGAGCUACUUGACAAAUACUUUGGCAAUGUGUGUGAGCUUGACAUCAUUUUUAACUUUGAGAAGGCGUAUUUCAUUCUCGAUGAGUUUCUGAUGGGUGGAGAGAUCCAGGAGACGUCCAAACAGUCUGUUGUGAAGUCUAUAGAGGCAUCAGAUAUGCUGCAGGAGACAAUGGAAGAAUACAUGAACAAACCUGCCUUCUGAUGACAGCAGAUGUGAUGCAAGGUGACAAGAGAACAUUCUGCCUACACACUGUAGGUUGUGUCCUUCAGCCAGGACACAAUUUUAUCAACGUCUGAUGUUACUGUUCAAAUUUACACAUGAGGGCUGCAAACAUAUUUAUAAAAAUAUUUUCAGAGCGGAAGCAUCUUUCUCAGUUUGGAUCAAUUUUAAUAAAAAUGAAUCAGGGUUUGAGCUGAAUGUUUGAAUAAGUAAAAAAUAGAAUAAUACGUUUUUCAGCUUGUAGUAGUAAUUUAAUGUAUUAUAAUUGCAAUGCAGAAUUUCAGUAGUUUAACUGUGCCUGCGCUGACACAACCAUAGAUCUUAACGGACAAAUUUAUACUUUUAUACCAAGUUCAAUAUAUAUAAUGAUCAUAUAUUUGGAGAAACUUUAAAGCUUGGUUUAUCUGAAGUGCCUUUUCAUGUUAUUUAACAUGUUGCAUGUCUCAGGAGAUGAAGAAAACUGAGUAUUAAGGAAACUUAACGCUUCUUUUUAAGCUCACUUUGUUAAUGUUGUCUUAUUAAAAAUGUCUUUUGAUAUGA